GAACUACUCAUGGGGAUUGAUCUUAGUUCCUCUACUUUUACAGGCAAUUGGUCUCAGCUAUGCCCUACUUGCAAGAUAGUUCGCCCUGUGCGCUCCAAACAUUGUCCAAUUUGUAAGCAGUGUGUUGAACAGUUUGACCAUCACUGCCCCUGGAUAUCAAAUUGUGUUGGGAAGAGAAAUAAGUGGGACUUUUUGGUGUUUCUUUGUAUGGGGAUAGCUACAACCCUUCUCGGUGCUGCCGUUGGAUUCCACAGACUUUGGACGGAGCCCAUUAUACUCUCAUCUUCUGAGUCGUGGACUCACUUCAUGGUGACAAAACAUCCUGGUGCUGUAUUGUUCAUGUUCAUGGAUAUUUUCUUAUUAACUGGAGCUCUUAUUUUGAUGGUGGCACAAGCAGUAAUGAUAGCGAGGAAUCUCACAACUAAUGAGGCCGCAAACCAGUCGCGCUACACUUAUCUUCGUGGGCCUGAUGGACGCUUCAGGAAUCCUUAUAACCAAGGCUGGCAGAAGAACUGCGUUUAUUUUCUUGUUAAUGGCUACAACAACGACGAGGAGGCUGCAUGGCCAACCCUUCAACAGACAGUAUAGUGAAGCUAUGGUUUCUUGCUAGACCAGGCUGGAUGUGCUGUGGUGGUGCAAGUGUAGAAAUGGGAUGAUUUUUGUGCAUAGAGUUGAUGACGAUGGUUGUGUCAGUUGUAAAAUUUGACGGUCUGGAAUUUGAGUAUCGUUUACAGCAAAAGGAAGUACCAACAUACAUAUUUUCCUGACACAGCUCCAAGCUAGACUAUCCAUCCUUAUUUAGAUCUUGAGAAUAUUCUCAUCUUCA